AUGUCCUCAGCACCCACACCAGCACCCGGCACCGCAGCAGCCGCAUUCGACAAGUCCAGCGAUGCAUACGAGCGAAUGACCGGCGGAUGCACCAGGGAAGUCGCGCAGUUCCUGCUAACCCUUGAACCAAAGGUAGAAACAUCAUCUAUAAUCCUCGACAACGCCUGCGGGACUGGGAUAAUGACAUCCGAAAUCCUGGGUCUGUUCCCCAAGGCAAAACCCAAGAUAUUCGCAGCAGACCUCGCCCCGUCCAUGGUUGCUAAUUUCAGUAACAUGGCUCGUGCCAAAGGAUGGAUAAAGGAUGGCUACGACGGAUUGAUGAUCUCUGUUAUGGAUGCGGAGGAUUUGACGUACCCUGAUAAUACGUUCACGCAUUCGUAUACGAACUUAGGGUUUCCGUUCUUCCCGCAGGCUGAGAAGGCUGCUGCUCAUGUGUAUCGAACUUUGAAGGUCGGAGGGACUGCAUUUAUCUCGACUUGGUCGAAACUCGGGUACCUCAGGCCAGUUCACGAAGCCCAGCUAAGAGUCCACCCGGACUCAAAGCCGUGGGAAAUACCGAUGCCAAAGGAGUGGCUCACGAAGGAAAGGCUUGUGGAGGUGCUCGGGAAGGGAGGGUUUGAAAGUGGGAAGAUCCGGGUUCAGGAGAGGACUGUGGGAUACAGAGGGAAGGAUGUGGAUGAUUUGAUAGACAUCAUGAAAGCAUCGUUUCGAGACUAUGUUACGAAUGGGUGGUCCGAGAGCGAGAAGGAGCAAUGGGUUGAGGAGCUCCGUAAUAGUCUGCGCGAGGAGGAGACGGCAAUGGCCAGGGUCGAGAUGGUUGCAUGGGUAGCUGUUGCGCAGAAAUAA